AUGUCCCGUUAUCGAGGACCUCGUUUAAAAAAAAUACGCCGUCUGGGAGCUUUACCAGGACUCACUAGAAAAACACCUAAAUCCGGAAGUAAUCUUAAAAAAAAAUUCAAUUCUGGGAAAAAGGAGCAAUAUCGUAUUCGUCUUCAAGAAAAACAGAAAUUGCGUUUUCAUUAUGGUCUGACAGAACGACAAUUACUUAGAUAUGUACAUAUCGCUGGAAAAGCAAAAAGGUCAACAGGCCAGGUUUUACUACAAUUACUUGAAAUGCGUUUGGAUAAUAUCCUUUUUCGAUUGGGUAUGGCUUCAACCAUUCCUGGGGCCCGCCAAUUAGUCAACCAUAGACAUAUUUUAGUUAAUGGUCGUAUAGUCAAUAUACCAAGUUUUCGUUGCAAACCCCGAGAUAUUAUUACUACGAAAGAUAACCAAAGAUCAAAAGGUCUGGUUCAAAAUUAUAUUGCUUCAUCGGACCCGGGGAAAUUGCCAAAGCAUUUGGCGAUUGACACGUUGGAAUAUAAAGGACUAGUAAAUAAAAUCCUAGAUAGGAAGUGGGUCGGUCUCAAAAUAAAUGAGUUGUUAGUUGUAGAAUAUUACUCUCGUCAGACUUGA